CUUCUUUGAUCAAUUUUUUCCGAUCCCAACAGUUACAGCAGAAAUGGAAGGCACACGUGACGAAGUAUAAGAUGGCUACUGCGAGAAAUGUGGUUUUCGAUUAUGUCGUAAACCGCAGAAUGGAAGGCGAAGGAGACGUGUCGUUCCGACGUCGGUGCGAUACCGCGAGUUCCCGAAUCUCAUCUCGAAUACAUUGGAUCUUAAUACUGAUGGCAUUGACACUGCUUUGUCAAUUCGCAGAACCCGUUGACGGACAGCACCAUUCGCAUUCAAACGGGAGAAAGCAUCAUCGGCACUGCGUCAAAAAAAGAUUCUUCGCCAAAAAUUUUCAAACUUUAGAAAACGACAUCGAAGAUCUGAUUGAAGAAAGGAGGAGAUUUCUGAAUCUUAAUGAUUUUGAGUUCGUCAGUUUGUUGAAUAUCGUCAAUCCGAAACUAAAGGCGUUUCUCGAGCCUGAGAAUUUAGCGAAGAUACUGCCGAGAUCGUUCACUGUCCACAAACAAUGGACGUUCAAGAGGAGAACGUUGCACUUGCUGCGAGAACUGAUGAAAUUAAAUACGGAUGUUCACUCGGAAAUAGAGAAACUUGUUCAACAAGUGGAGCUUUAUCCAGAUGUUCCGCAUAUUACGGAAGACGAUCUUGCGCCGAUCUUACGCGUGUUAUCUGUUGUGAGAACGCCACAUUUGAAGCUCGUCAAAAAAUAUCUGACACCCCGCAGACUCGUCAAGUUGCUGCCCGGCAAUUUUGAUAUAAGAAAAACGGCCAACGCAACGGUUGCGUUGCACGAUAUCGCGAUUCUGUUGAACGUAACGCUUGGCUCCGCGAAGAGCAGAAAGCUUAAAGUAGGUUUGGAAACGCUUAUAAGCGAAUUGGGGAGAAGAAGUUUUAAUGUAAUACCGAAGGAGGACGAGAACAGCACGAGAAUAAAAAAGAAAACUAAGUGGGUGAUAAGACAACCUCUCACCGAUGUCAAAGUCCCCGUGAAUAAAAUCCAUGUCAAAUACAAGAUAAUAAGACAAGGAAACGCCACUAAAUCGCACGACGAUACGAAUCGCCGAAUGAAGCUGAACAGCUUCACUAGCGCAAAUAUUCCGAUUAUAUCCGAGAAACAGAUAAUCAAAUCUUCUCCUGUAUUGUAUAAAAAUGCUACAUCAUCGAAUGUUGAUUUGAUCCAGCAAACGAGACCGGACAGCUAUCUACUCGGAAAUAGCUCGAUUACAUUCAAGAAACGAAUAACAAUACCCUCCCCCGUAUCGUCGUCGGAGAAAUUAUCGUCCGAAGAGUCGUCGAAGAAAUCCCGCCAUCAUCAUCGAAUACAUUACAAAUUGAAAAAUCGGCGAAUAGCUGAUCCUAACUUUACCGUUGACGUUGAGUACGAUUAUUCCGACAAAGAUGCGUCGCUCGUUAAGAUGUUGCAGAAUAACGAUACCUUUUCCCUUAUCAAGAAGAUAAUGACAGGGGAGAUGGACGCACAGGCAAACGCCGCGAAAAACAAUUCUAGCCGAAAGGAAACAAAAUCGACAUGA